AGGAUGAAUCCCUCCACAUGAAACGUGUUUAAAUGUAAACAUGUCAACGCUUCCUUCAGACGUUCAGCAGUAUGGAUUGUCGUGUAAAAGCCUUCAUAAGGAAACUAGAGAACUUGUCCAUCUCAGAUUACCAUGGCCUGAGCAGUCCCGGUCUGACGUGCUAUUUGAACAGCGUGCUGCAGGUGCUUUUCAUGACUGAAGACUUCAGGGAAGCUGUGAAAAGCAGUAAAUAUUCAACCAACAUCGACCUCCACCUGAGAGAGCUGUUUGUUGGUUUGGAGAGAACAGAGUCGGAAACGAACCACAUUACAAAAAAGUUGGGCAUCACAGAUGUUUACGAACAACGUGAUGCUGCUGAGUACUUUGAAAAGAUCCUGUGUGAGACGAGUCCAGAGGCUUCCAAGAUAUUCAAGGGAGAUUUGAAUCAUAAGACCACAUGCCUCGUGUGUGAGAAGAGCAGUGAAUCCAAAAGCGGCUUUUGGAUUCUUCCGCUCGCAGUGGAUGAUUCGCGUCGUAAAACCGUCAAUGUGAAACAAGGACUGGAGGGUUUCUUCAGGGUACAAAAUGUCUGUGGGGACAACCAGAUUUAUUGUGAGAGCUGCAAAGAAAAGCAAGAUGCUGCCAUUGAAUGCAAGAUGACGCAAUGUCCGGACGUUUUGACCCUCCUUCUGAAGAGAUUUACCUUUGAUUACAAGCAGAGCCGCUAUGUCAAGCUUUAUAACAGAGUCGCUGUGGCCCGACAUUUACACAUUGCGAAUUGCCGGUACAACCUUUAUGCUGUCGUUCACCACUGGGGUGAUCUAACUGGAGGUCACUAUACUGCUGAUAUCAAGUCUUUUGAAACUGGGGACUGGUAUUCCUUCAAUGACAGCGUUGUUAAACGUGUUGGACAACUGUUUGAGCCAGGAGACGACUGUUUGAGGUCAUGCACAGCCUACCUCCUCAUGUACAGAAAGGUGAAUGAGUGACUCAAAAAGACUGGUGGAAGUGACCGGGAAGCUCACUCAGUAAAACUGGAUGUUGCGGGUGAAGAGAAACGAGAUGAAGAAAAGCAAGGACACGCUCUGGUUUCUGAUUAUCAAAGUUGCAGACAAGGACUUUCAAAAAUGUGUAACAGAGAAACAUUUAAUGACAAACGUAAAGACCUCAAUGGAAAGUUGAACCACAGGACAGAACUGGGGGAAUAGCAACAUGGAACUGGGGUGCAUCAGACAGUGAAGCAGAUGGGCAGCUGUGUGAUACAGGUGAGAAAAAGAGGUUGUAAGAAUGGAGGGACCUCUGUGGGACAUUAGAGGACAAAACAUGUUCAGUGUAGGGAGGAUAUUUGAACAAGAGCAAAACCAAACACCAAACGAUUUCCCCUGUGAGAAACAUGUUGAUAUGAUCAGAAAGAGUGAAACAAAAUCAGAUUUAGCUAACCACUGCUCUACAAGGAACGCAGUCAAACCUGCACUGGCUACAGUUGUGAACAUUUACUAGAAGGUUGGUGUAAAUGUAGGAAAAGAAGGAAAAACUAACAAAACCACAAAAUCAAUCAACUUAAAUGUUUUUGAAGACAGUAGCUAUAAUUUGGAGGCUUAAAAAUUUAGAACACGGGGUAAAAACUUAGGAAAAAUACUAAAAUAUAUGAGAACAAAGGAAGAAGAGAUUCCUUGAAGUUACCUUAUAACAGAGAAGAGCUUUUAGUUGAUAAAUGGUUUUUGGUUAUAUUUUCCCUUCAGUUUAAAGUUCAAUCUGCGUCACAUUUGAUAAACUUUAUAAUGUGUGCUGUCAUACAGUGGCACCGAUGCGCUGAUCAGCACUUAUUUUCUCUGCAGUGAUGUACGUGCUCUGUCUUGUUAACGGUGGAUCAAGUGGAAUCUUGGUUUGUUUUGAAAAAUGUGGUCAAAAUGUGGUUAAAAAAAAAUGUUGUAGCCCCCAGAUAAAAUCCCAAGCCUAGUGUCUCUCAUGUGACAGUAAUUUAGUCAGAUUAGUGACACAAACGGAGAAUGUUUUACUACAAGCAAUACAUUGACUUGGUUUUGUCCUGAAAGAGCAGCUAAGGACUCACAGGGGAUUAACCUGUAGUGGGAACCAGGCACCUGGAAGAUUUAUAUUUGACACUGAUAUG